AUGAUCUUUCCUCUCUUCGCGGUGCUGGUGCCAGCUCUUGCGUUAGCUGACUCCCCUUCGACUCACCUCAUCGUAACCACCAGCAAUAAUGUCCAAACGGGCGCUCAAUCGCGCCAAACUUUAUCGGACUCCAUUCUUAUCAGUUCCACCGUUGAACCCAACGGUUUAACCAAAUGUCAUUGUGCACCUGCAACACCCCUGCCAUGUCUUCUUCCUGCGGAGGAACACAAGGGUAAAGAGGGAAAGAAAGGGGCUUCGACGGUGUUGGUGAAAACGGUCACCAUUGAGGAUAAUCGCGAUCAGACCCAAGUGAUCCUCGAGCAGCCAGAGCCAAGUGCUGCUCAGUGGAACCUGUCAUCAGCGCUUGGUUUCCAGUAUCCAGAUAUCCCUGUCGCGUGGAAUCUUCGCGAUGUACUGCUGUACGCGGUUAGUAUUGGUGCUCAGACUGCGAAUCAAUCGCUUGUGAACGAUCCCAAUUUCACUGUCUUCCCCAGCUACGCAGCUUGCCUCUCAUUUAAAGGAACCAGCGAGGGCUGGGUCAAUUUUACCUCAGGCCGUUACAAUGGUCCGAUCCCUGGCUUUCCAGAUCUCACAAGAUUCCCUCCCGUUCAAGAUUUCCAAUAUAUCGAACCGUAUCUGCCUCUUCCCAAUAACAGCGGAGCUGUCCCGUGGACGAUCAAGAAGAAGAUCAUCUCAGUCGAAGAACACGUCAGCCCCAGUGGAUCGAACCUGAUCAUCGAGAACGAGCUCACAUUAUUCGAUCCCAACGGCGUGAAAUACACUCGUCUUAUUGCCGCGACGAAGUACCUUGGUGGCAGCGCGAACGGGUUCAAUUACUCAGAGAGGGUUGCUAUUGGAAUAGAGCCUAAACCCGUUCCUUCCAGAGCCCCGAAUCACCAAAUUCGUAUUACGGUUAGCCCAACGGAGACAUUGGUUUAUCGGUUAAACGGCGAUUAUAACGCUUUGCAUGUUGACCCUGAAGUGGGCAUCAAGUAUGGCUAUGGAGAAUUGCCAUUGCAUGCACUGUCGUACUUUGGAUUUUCGGCCUUUGAACUCGUGGGCCAUUUGGGCGGUGGCGACGUUUCAUCGCUUCACUCUAUGCAAGGCGCUUUUGGGCUUCCUGUUUCUCCUGGAGAUGAGCUAGUCCUAAAAGCUUGGGAGGUGGGAAAUGGUCCUGAUGGAACUAAAGAGAUCACCUAUGUGGUGGAGGACCUGACAAAGAACUAUACUGUGCUUGACCGCGCUGCUGCGUAUAUCCGAAGGAAAUAG